UUUACUUUACUUUAUUAUUUUGUUUGAUUUUUACUUUUUAAGUUUUGUGUGUAAUCAGGCUCAUAUUAGUUUGUACUACAAACUUCCACAGACCCGAGGAGCAGUGCCUGCGGAGUGAGCCAUCUUGUUCCCAGACGAUCUUUGGCGCUAGCUAAGGGGCUACAGCUACAGGCUGCAGCUAACCAACGACAACCGGAGACCGGGCAGCGUCGUUCUUCGCUCCGGUAUGAUGCCAGGUGAUAGCAACAUGACCUCCAUGGUUCAGAGAAUAGCUCGGCAGGCUCUGGUCACCUUCAGGAACACGCCUCGAGCCGGCGAAGAGGCGGGUAAAUCUUUCCUGGAGAACCAGAGCAAGCUGAAGAGCCUGAUGACGGAAGUGCGGGCGGCGGACCUGAAGCUCGUCCCGCGGAGAGCAGACGGCAGCUCGCCCGGCGUGUCCCCUCACCUCCCGUACCACCACGGCGGGCCCCCGGUCACGUAUAUGCACAUCUGCGAGACGGACCACUUCAGCAUGGGGGUGUUUCUGCUGAAAAGCGGCGCCUCCAUCCCGCUGCACGACCACCCGGGGAUGCACGGCAUGCUCAAAGUCAUGUACGGCAAGGUCAGGAUCAGCUGCUUCGACAAGCUGGAGCGUCCGGCCGGCAGCACGCAGGCGGCGCCGCCGCUGCCCCCGCUGCCCCCGGCCCAGGUGGGCGCUCUGCGCCGCUCCCUGCGCCGCUCCACCAAUGAGUUAACGGAGGAGAGCGGCCCGUGCGUCCUCUUCCCCGACCGGGACAACCUCCACCAGAUCGACGCCGUGGACGGCCCCACGGCGUUCAUGGACAUCCUGGCCCCGCCGUACGACCCGGACGAGGGCAGAGACUGUCACUAUUACAAAGUCCUGACAGAAGCGGAGGUUAAAGACACAGAGCAAAAGGAGAAGGAGGUCUGGCUCAUGGAGAUCUCACAGCCGCCGGAUUUCUGGUGCGGAGGGGAGCCGUACCCGGGCCCGGAGGUCUGCCUCUGAUCCACCUGACUGACCUGCUGCUGCAACAUGUCAUCUUUUCCUCGGGCUGGUCUGGUGUGUGCAUCCUGUAGUGGCACAAGGCCGGAGCUUUGGGACGGACUACCUGUGCUAAAUGAAGGGUCAAUCUGAAUCAAUAAUCCAUGUGUCAGCAGCGUUAGGGAGCCAGAAUGUAACUGAACAGGUGAAACCACACAGCUCAACUCCAGGUGACCUCAUUGUCAGGUGUUGUCAGUGCUGUCCUGCCAUGGUGGAGAGCUGCAGCUUUCACAGGUGAAAUAUAAUCCAUUUCACUUGAGCAAAAAUUGGAGCCCCAGGCAGCACUAAACCAACAUCCUGUUAGUGCUGUGAUCACCCUGUGUGUCUGUGUAGAGCAUAUUAUUGCCAGAAAAGAAAGCAGCUAGUUGAGUAAUUGUACUUUUACUGCACUUACUGGUUGUCUUUAGUAUGGGGAAACCAAAUUACACUCACCAGAUGUUACUUUUACCCCCAGAAAGAGACGGAAACACAUUUUCAUGAUGCGUUUCUUUACUUAGUCCUUAAUUCUCUGAGGUUAUCAUGUUCAUUUUGGCAUUGUCAAUUCCAAAAUUUCCUCAGUCAUGUGGGAGAAGAUGUUUAAAAGCAAGUCAAUGUGUAACUUUGACCUUUGGUCUUAAAGAAAAUGCACAGUCACAGAGGAGUGACAGGGUGUUCAGUCCCUCUGAACACCUCCACCACAUGCACAUGGCUUUAUCAAGCAGAUUUAGUUGAUUAAAGGUGGUGUAAUUUUGCAGCCCAACACAGGAGCAUAUCAUCUCUCAGCCGAUAGGUUUCAAAUCUGAAAAUAACCAUAAAUGACAGGCUUACAGUAUGACCCUACAAGGUAUUUCUGCACAAUGAAUGCCAAGAAAUGACAAAAUGAUGACGUGCAGGGUGCUCAUGCUGUGUUCAAGAAAAGUCAGGAAGUUUGUCACUUGCGUCCUGGUCGAAGUCUGUGCUUCAUGUUUCCAAAAUAGGCAAUAUUUCACUUUCAGUAGUACACAGCAAUACUUUUAAUAACCUCUAAAUGUACAACAUUUCAGCUUUCAGUAUUGCAUGAAGUGUCAAAUGCUAAUAUGUAUCUAACACGUGCUGCUGCGUCUAUAUUUACAUGCUGCAGCACUGACACAUAAUAGUUGCAGUUCUAUUAUAAUAUUCUUAAAACUUCCAGACUUCUGACAGCGUCUUGAACGCAGCAUUGAAAACAAUUGUACCAGCCUGAGUUGAGCUGUCUAGGUGGAAGUAUCCCGGGAACACGCAGGGGAAGUGUGUGUCCAUGUGUUUUUAAUUGUCUUCCUGCUUCAGGCUUUGUGACGUUCGGAUAAAGAACUGUGUGAAUCUUCAGGUCUGCUUUUGAAGACUCAAAUAUAUCUUAAACUGCUCUUUAUUUUUCUCUCUCUGGCUCUGUGGAUUAGGACUCUACAAACUGUAAACUGCCUUCUUUUUGUUUCUGGGAAAACGUUUGAUCCUCAGGUUUGUUUGUGAUUUGUUUCGCAGAUGGAUUUUUAGGAGAUUGAAAGAUGUGCACUACAUUAUUUGGACACAAAAUAUGAACUGUGUGUGGCUACAACAUACAGAUUUUAAAAAGGGUUUUGUCGCAGUUUGAGGUCAGAAUGAAUCAGAACUGUUGAAUGUGAGGGUUGGGUUUGUAAUAAAGUUGAUAGAGUGAGAAGUGGGAUGAUUUCAAGCUCAGCAGCAUAUAAAGUGAAGCUGUAAGCACUUACAGUAACGUAACAAUAUGGUUGAAUGUAGGUUUAAUUCAAAAAUGCAUGUAUACAUAGAGUCAUAAUAAAAUCUCAGCAAAGUUUUGGAGAAUGGGGCUUUUUCAGAUAAGUUUCAUUUCAACCUAAGGCGUACUUUGGAAGACAACUUGCUGCACACUUUUCAUGUGAGAGCAGUGAAUAAGACUGACAGGCUGUUUGUUGUAUGACGGUGGGAAUAAAGACCGCGCAGGUCUCCUCAUCAGCAGAAAGCUUGUUAAAUCAGGCCUGAGUCCAGAAUCUGAUUGUGUGCUAAAUGAUCAGUACCUGUAUCAAUGUUUGUAGCCUGUAAUGAUGGUUAAUAUAAAAUGUGCUGUUUAUUUUGCCUAA